AACUGUGACAUGUCCAUGGCAUCUCGACGCAAUGAUCGCAAUGUGCAAAUAUCCCGCACCCAACAUUUUUCGCGACGUCGCCCUGCUGUCAGACUAUGCUUGUUGGCAUCAUUCGCCCUACUCUUGAGACCUGCGUUCACAGGGUAUGUGCGACAGAGGUGUCCCUCAACAAUGACUGCUUCACAGGCGGGUGAAGCUGGGUGGUGGGAUCAACUGGUCUGGAAUGCAGCUGAAACCCUGGGCAAUGCGCGCGCAUCGCUGGUGGGAUCUGAACCAGAGAUGCCUAUGGGUGAAGCCCCAAUCAGCCGUGAUGAGCUGGUGGAACGCUUGCGUGCGGAUUAUGAUCGCAACUACUUCCUGACCGGUGACGUUGAUGUGCCGCUGUACACAGAUGAUUGUGAGUUCGCCGACCCCUUCACUUCCUUUCGCGGAAGGCAGCGCUUUGUCCAGAAUCUCAAGAACCUGGCGGGCGGAUUCAUCACCAACUUCAAGGUGAAACUCCUGGAGUUUAGCGCAUCCGAGGAGCAGGAUCCAUUGCUGGUCCGUUCACGUUUGUUGGUUCAGCUGGAAUUGGCCCUUCCAUGGAAACCUCUACUGGGCUGGGUCUGGGGAGUAGAACAUCGAUGUGCCUCCGCGAUGGUUAAUGGCACAAACAGCUGGCAGUGUUUCCUGCACAAGGAAUCUUGGGAAGUCAGCGCAUCGGAGGGAGUGGCCAUGCUGUUUCGACCUGGCAAAGGCCUUCGGUGA